AUGGCAGCCGACCCUCUGUCCCCGAUCGCGCCUGCGCGCAUUAGGGCCCUACUUCUCCCCGUGGGCCGCAUCAGGCGCUCGCGAUUCCUAGCUUUUGUCGACCUCUUGCAGCAGGAAUCGCUGGUUCGCCUGGGCGACAUAAGUCCUGAUCCUCGACCUGAUCGCAAUAUGUUUUCCCCUCUGGCAUGGCCGGACGGAACCCUACUGUAUGACUUGUCGACAUCUAUGCCUUCGGCUUCUUACCUAUCAUUGUCCCCAUUUGAGCAGUUCAGGGAGCCGCUGCUUGUGAUCGGCUUGGGAGAUGCAUCCGAGUAUGCAUGGCUACGUCCGUCACGUGGAACAGAUCAAGGUUCAGCAGAGACAUUUGAAGAUCCUCCAGUUGAAGAUGAAAGCACCAAUUCAGUUCUUUUUGGAAUUGAUGAUCUUAGAGAGCAGUUUCCCAGGGCAUAUUUGCAUCGUCUAAUGAUGUUCGAUUCUACAUCUCAGUCUCGACACCCGCGGUUACCUCCAGAAGCACUUUUGGUUCCCCCGAAAUCCCAUCUUAAAACGACGACGUUGAAGACUUUGAUGUGCGAUCUCACUGCGACUCUGCUAGCGGAGAUGACAACAUUGGCCAAGUCUAUUCAAGCUCUUCCUACCUUGACCUCCCCAGCGUCUCAAAAUGGCAUGGCAGAGGCCACGCCGAAUUGGGCUGCGUCGGAAUCCACGUCACAGUUUUCCAGAAGAAAUUCGCAAGUACCAAGCACAAGUAGACCCGUAACACCUGUAGGAAAUGUUCAGAGAGAUAUGCACCGCGCAUCCAUGCCCAUACUUCCUUCCAGCUCGGGAAGCUCGGUGUCAGGAGAAGACCAGCGGCCUGCUUCAGUGAGCACCCAGGACUCAAGAACUCCUGCAACCACAUUUGAUGAGAUUUCUGGAGUAGGGUCAACUAGCAGCCUUCCACAAAACACAGGCAGUCCUACAAAAUCUGCUGCAGUAAUAAAGGCCGAUCGUGUUUCAAUUCAUGGGUUUGGAUCCGGGGGCGUGAGUGAGAGAGCACGAAACAAGGGGCGUGGCCGCAUCAGCAUCGUAGUUGGCACAUUGUAUAUGUGCGCUGGGCAAUGGGUUGAGGCCAUACGAGAGCUCACUGAAGGCGCAACAAGAGCACGCACUCUAAGCGACCAUUUAUGGCACGCAAAGGCUCUGGAAAACAUCAUGGUUUGUAUGCUGUUAUUUGCGUGGUCAGGCAUGGACUUUCAGAUACCUCAAAUAUGCUACCCAGGGUCUGAUAAAUCCAACGGUGUUAAGUCACCCCAUCACACGCCGACUAACAGCGGCGCGGAGGUCUCAGCGUCAACAAAACAGCAAAAUCACGACAACUCGCUCGAUGCCCUUAGUUCGCUGCUUCCUGAUCUAGUACACAUGAUCCUAAACCUGUACACGCGGGCGGCUAAUUUUGCGGGCGAGUCUCUACCACCGCUUGCAUUCUCGGAAUGUGUUAUACGAUUCUCAAAGUUAUUGGCUGCUAUCAACUUAUCCGCGGGGUAUCUGGACGAUGAUUCAUUACGCCACAUUGUCCAGAAUGUCCCUUACAAACAAAAGUCAAGAUCGGUCGUUGCCAGAAUGAGUGUACACCCUACGCGAAACGAUAUUGCUUCGAUGCUUUUUCGUGCACUACCAGGCCCUAUUGAGACAUGCGGCAUGAACCCCACAGAGCGGGUGGUAAUACUAGCUGGAAUUGCGUCUGUUUUGUCAUCACUAGGGCUACAGCGGAAAAAAGCCAUUAUCAUGAAAGAAUUUAUCACAUCCCUCAUACCUGGUCUAAUACAGGCCCGGAAGGUGGGAGCAGCUGAAAUGGGAGUUCAUCCGGCUGCUGGCCUCGCUGCCCUCAACAUUGCAAGUAGCAGUGGCCCAGGUGCUGCUGCCCUCAAUGUAGGAGAAGGGGAAGUUGAGAACGGGAUUGAAGAAUUUCUGGGCUUAAUAGGCCGGAUAUACGGGAUCCCCAACUCGAAAGGAGCUAUACCCGACAUGGCCGUGUCUGUUCAAAAAGCUGACAGUGAAGAGGGUACAUCAAACAAUGUUGCAAGCCAACGUGAAGUUGACACCAUUCUUGCUGUGUCGUCCAUGCGAUCUUUUGGAAGCCUCAGUCUCAAACUAGAAGUUCUCCGAACAUGUCUGAGCUUUUGUGAAGCUUUGCCAGACUUUAACGGUGUUCUUCAUUUUACUGCCCUGUUGCUGAGGAUAGCAGGGCCUGGAACGGCUCCAAAGCCAAAUAGCACUGAUGUGUACGUGUCUCUCCCGCGGGAGGAGCAAGUACGCUUGUACUCGAAUAUCUCGAGAACUGUCACUGCGGCCAAGAAGCUUGGCUUUGCGCAUGUGGAAACAGAGUACUGGGAUGAUUUUCUUGUCCGGGGAUUGUUCAUCCUAGACGAAAGUGAAGCCCUCAAACUGACGCAACGUCAAGGGGAAGAGAUAAAGUCUAAAGCCAAAGGGAAGGACGGCCCUUUUCUUCACAACGCUUGGGCUGAGCAGCCUCGAACAGUCGAUGCAAACACCACUCUAGUUGCCAACGAGGAGUAUCGCUUCGUCAUUGCCUUGCAGAAUCCUUACGACUUUGAGCUUGGAGUCGAGUCGUUGAGAUUUGCUGCCGAAGGUGUCGAGUUUGUGGGAGUGGAAGAACAUUUCCUACUUGGUCCGUACCGGACACAGAAGUUCCAGAUAACAGGAAAAGCACUUUCGGCCGGUGAACUGAAGAUUAUCGGCUGUUAUGUAAAACUUAUUGGAUGUCGAGAGCGCCUGUUCCCUAUUUUCCCCGAGCCAUGGAAACCUAAGAGAGAGCCCAAGAUGAAGCGACUGGGACUCAAGGCUUGUCUCGGCACCCCAACCUCAAGGCCUUCAUCUACCAUUGCUCCUUCUAUUGAUUGUAGAGCUAUUUCGCAACCCAAGCCAGAGUUGCUGACGUUUUCUGUAAUACCAGAUCAACCCAUCCUCGCCAUAACUAACGUGUCCCUCCCUCAAGCAGCAGUCAUGGUACUAGAGGGUGAGAGGAAGCGAUUUAAGGUUACUGUCAAGAAUUUGUCUCCAAAGACUGCUGUGGACUUUGUCCAUAUCUCCUUCCAGGAUACAGCAAUGGCCGCGAUCCACGCAGCCACAUCGAACAAAGACCUCCCGCCUGCCGAGCUACAUGAACUCGAAGUCCAACUUGCACAUUACCCAUCAUUGCAAUGGUGCAAAGAGGAAGACGAAGAAUCCCUAUGUAUCAAACCAGGUGCGGAGAUGGACUUUACGAUUGAGGUCGUUGGCCGUACCCGACUCACAGACGCAACCAUUCAGAUCGACUACGCCAAUAUUGGAAAGCGAAGAUCUGAGAUUGAAGAACAUGUCUUUACUCGCCGGGUCUCUGCUCACAUAUCCAUUACUGUGAAUGCAAGUGUGCAACUCCAGCGCCCAGAUAUUGUGCCUUUAUCAGGUGACGUUGGCUGGUCCCAAGGUCUUCCACUAGCCUCAGCAGAUAAGUCUGAGCCAUCACCACCUGCGGCUUCUGGCAACGCCGACACCCAUCUCCGUUCAUUCAUAAGCUAUAAACAAAGCCAAGAAAAUGACGACGAAUACUGCAUGCUUCUCCUUGACCUACGAAACUCGUGGCCAAACCCACUAUCCCUCACGCUUGAAGCACGGCGUCCAGACACAGACGACUCACAAGACGACUUAACCGACUCUUGGAAAGAUGCCUUCUCCGUCACCGAAGUUAUCCAACCCGGCCACGUCAGCCGCAUCGUCCUCAUCCUCCCCAAAAUCUAUCUGCGCGCCCCACAUGCCGCAGUCCCCUCACUCAACCCGGCCAACCAACGCCAAUUCGUCGUCAGCACCAGCAAAAUCUCGCCCGAAACCGAACGCGCAAGUAGAGAAGCCUUCUGGUACCGCCAGCAACUCCUCACCAUGAUCCGCGGCACCUGGGCCGAAACCGGCAACGGCCGCCAGGGCGCCCUCGAACUCCGCGGUAUUCGCCUUUCUCAACGCAUGGUCGACGCUAUCAAACUAGAUGAUCUGGCGAUUUCCAUGACGCUGGUUGCGGAUCAUGAAGACGAAGAGGAAGCACAAUCGAUCAAGCAACUAGGCCACUCGCACUUCGCAGUUCCAAUCGACACAUUCGUUACGCUGCGGACUACGCUUCGGAAUCGCAGUCCCCACCCUAUUUCUCCUUUGCUGCGCUUACAACCGCAUCUCGCGAGCCUCCCGCACGCUCUUGCUUUGGAUCUCGACAAGCGGCUUUCGUGGUCGGGCGCAUUGCAACGCCGACUUGCGCUUUUGCCGCCGGGCGGGAGCACAACGUGUGAGAUUGGGCUUGUGGCGCUGUGUAGUGGGAUGUACGAAGUUGGUGGAUUGGUCGAGGAAGUCGAGGUGUUGGGAGCAGAGGAUGGGAAAGAAGGGGAGGGGGAGAAGAGGGGGGAGAUGGAGAUGGAGAGGUUGUUGCAGGGGGAUAUACUUGGGGAACGUAAGUUGAGGAGUUGGGGGGUGAGGGAGCCGUGUGGGAUUGUUGCCACGAGGGGUACUAAGGAGUAG